GAUAUCAGCCAAACACAACAUAACAAGAUGCAAUAAUACUAGGCACAAACCCUCAUAUCAAGACUGGAUGAGGCAACCCAGUAGGAGAAAAGGAGUCCCAAGAGCAAGCAAAAGAGUCAGAGAAUCACCUGUUCCCACUGUUAUGAGUCCCACAAAACACCAAGCUAACAAACCAUAACAUAUAUGCAGAGGACCUAGCACAGAUCUGUGCAUGCCCUGUGAUUGCCACUUAAGUCUCUGUGAGCCCCUUUGAGAUCUGCUUAGUUGAUUCUAUGGGUCAUGUUGUUCUGGUAUCAUUGACCCCUCUGGUUCCUACAGUCUUUCUUCCCCCUUUUCCAUGGGGUUACCCAAUUCCCACCUAAUGUUUGGCUGUAGUUCUCUACAUCUAUUCCUGUCAGCUGCCAGAGAAAGCCUGAUGAUGAUUGGGCUAGGCACCAAUAAUCUAUUCUUAAUCCACUCUGUUAAUGUUAUCUUGUAAAAUGGUAUAUUAAUUAGCAUUGCAUUCCUAUCUAAUAUACCUAAGAAAAGCAACUGAAGGUUUUUGUUAUAGUCUUCUUGUUAAGUUGAGAUAAUUUGGAAUCACCUAUUAGACACACACUGGGUAUGUGAGAGUGUUUGCAGACAGGUAACUGAGAAGGGAAUACCCACUCUGAAUCUGUGUACCUGUCUUAUUUUCUUUUUGUGGUGUUAUGGUAAAGUACCCUGAAGAAUGCAAUUUAAGAAAGGAAGGGUUUAACUCACAGUUCAAGAUGGGGAAGUCAAAGGAGCAGGAGCUUGAAGCAGCUGGUCAUAUUACAUCUGAAGUCAGAAAAAGAAAGUAAUGAAUGCAUGCUAGUGUUCAGCUCACUUUCUUCAUUUUAUACAGUCCAGAAUCCUAUGGCCAGGGGAUAGUCUCACCUACAAUUAAUUGGAUUAUCUUAACAUCAGUUAGCAUAAUCAAGAUAAAUCCCUACGGGUGUACCCAGAUGCCCAUCUGCCUAGUUUUUCAUCACUAACCAUUACAUAUAACCAUGGGCUGAGGUGCCAAACUGAAUACACAAGGAAAAAGGAAGAAUCCAAGUAGAAACCAGCAUUCCCUGUUCUGUUUCCUGGUCAUCACUGAUGUGGAGUCCCUGCUGCAUGAUCCCAUCCCCAUGAAUUCUGCCAUGUCUGCCCCCCUCCCACAGCAGACUUCCCCUCUCAAGACAUGAUUAAAAGUCAGUCUUUCAUGAAUUGCUAUUUAGUCACAGUAAUGAGAAAAGUAACAUACUUGUUGAAAGGUUUAUUUUUAUGGCAAGGUUCCUAUAAUUCAAUCUUGUCACUUAGGUUCAUUGCUUUGGGUCUACGAUGAGGCAGGGCAUUAAUUAUGCUCAUAGGAACUAGUACUGGAUGAAGACACUCACCCUCAUAAUCUAUUCUUAAAAUAUGUGAUUUUAAGGCAGCUGGUUGUUAACACAAAUGUGCACUAGUAGUAGUAUUAUGGGGGAAAUGAUAAAGGCCUAUACACCAGUAGUAAUUAUAAGUUCCACCAGCAUACUUGGUAUUUCAUUAUUGCUGUUCAAAGCUAACGUGGGAAUUCUUGUGUUAGAGAGCACAGUUAUAGUCUUCUCUACCCUGGGAGCAGCUCUCCUGCCUUGACCCCUCACCCCUGAUAAUGUAUGCCUGCUCCAAGUUCACCCACUCCUUAAUCAGGAGCACCUCUCAGCUGCUGAGUCGUCCCCUGUCUGCGGUAGUAAAUUGACCACAGAUAUGGACAGAUGAGGGCCUCAGCAGCUUGGUGGCCCCUUGUCCUCUGACCUCACACAUCCCUAGCUGCAGCUUUCAAACCAGCAUCAUUUCCAGGGACAUCGACACAGCCACCAAGUUCAGUGGGGCUGGGGCUGCUACAGUUAGGGUGGCUGGCUCUGGGGCUGGGAUUGGGACUGUUUUGGGGAGCCUCAUCAUUGGUUAUGCCAGGAACCCUUCUCUGAAGCAACAGCUCUUCUCCUACAUGAGUCUAGGCUUUGCCCUCUCAGAGGCCAUGGGGCUCUUUUGUCUAAUGGUGGCCUUUCUCAUCCUCUUCAUGAUGUGAAGCAGCUGUCUCCACUUCCACCUCCCGUGGUUCUUUCGUAUCCUGUCUGCCCUGUAUGUUCCUUUUCCUGUAUCUCCCCAGGAAGUCUGAGGAAAGUGCUUGACUCAGGGUUUAACUGAGAGAAGACAAAAUACUGUAUUAAUAAGAAAAAGAGAGAGAGAGCACAGUAUGGAUGUAAAAUGAGAAUGUGAUGAUCAGGAUAUAUAUUGGACAUUUAGAGGACACUCGAAGAUUUUCAGUAGUGUGUGUCUUAUCUUUUCUUCUCAAAACAUC